UCGCGGGGUCUUCUUCUGCUGGCUCGCUACAAACGGAAGAAAUCUGUCAUGACUUCCCGCUCAUGAGGACCCCGGUCCCCGCAGAGGACGCACGGAGCAGGACCGACCGGGAGCAGCGCCGGGGCUCUGGAGUCAGGUGCUGCUGGAUGAGAGUCUGACUAGGCAUUUUCUCCCCGGUGACAGAGACAAUCUCAGCGGCGCAUCUUCCCACAUCCUCCUCCCCUCCCUUCUCCUUUCCUCCUCAGCUGCCCUCCACGGCUGCAGCCCACCGACCAUGGCCCUGGUGACUCUGCAGCGCUCUCCCACUCCCAGUGCAGCAUCCUCGGCCAGCACGACCAACAGCAGUGCGGGGGAGGAUUUUGGAAGUGAUGAUGAGCGGAAAAAUAAUCAGAGCCUCAGUGAGAGCUUCUUCAUGGUCAAAGGAGCCGCCCUCUUCCUCCAGCAGGGCGGCACCGCGCAGGGACCAAAGACCCCGACUCACCACAAGCAUGCAGGUGAUUUACCUCAACACCUGCAGGUCAUGUUUAAGAUCCUCCGGUCUGAAGAUCGCAUUAAGCUGGCUGUACGGCUGGAGAGCGGCUGGUCAGACCGGGUGCGCUACAUGGUCGUCAUCUACACCAACGGCCAUCAAGACACAGAGGAAAAUAUCGUCUUGGGAAUGGACUUCACUGACAAGGACAGUAAAAACUGCUCUAUUGGGAUGGUGCUGCCACUGUGGAGUGAUACCAACAUACAUUUAGACGGAGAUGGAGGCUUCAGCGUGAACACGGCAGGACGGUCACAUGUCUUCAAGCCUGUAUCGGUGCAGGCCAUGUGGUCUGCCCUGCAGGUCCUCCACAAGGCAUGCGAGGUGUCACGCCGCUUCAACUACUUCCAAGGGGGCAUCGCUCUCACGUGGAUGGCCUUCUAUGAGAGCUGCAUCACCUCAGAGCAAAGCUGCAUCAAUGAGUGGAACGCUAUGACCGACCUGGAGUCCACCCGGCCUGACUCGCCCACCAUGUUCGUCGACAGGCCGACCGAGCGAGAGAGAACAGAGUGUCUCAUUAAAGCGAAGCUGCGCAGCAUCAUGACGUUUCAAGACCUGGAGAACAUCACCUCGAAGGAGAUCCGUAACGAGCUGGAGCAGCACAUGAGCUGCAACCUCAAAGAGUACAAAGAGUUUAUCGACAACGAGAUGCUUCUGAUCCUGGGUCAGAUGGACAAGGCGACGCUGAUCUUUGACCACGUGUACUUGGGCUCUGAGUGGAACGCCUCCAACCUGGAAGAGCUGCGUGACUGCGGAGUGGGUUACAUCCUGAAUGUUACCAGAGAGAUUGACAACUUCUUCCCGGGGAUGUUCUCUUACCACAACGUCCGCGUGUACGAUGAGGAUGCCACCGACCUGCUGGCCCACUGGAACGACACCUACAACUUUAUUGUCAAAGCCAAGAAGAACAAUUCCAAGUGCCUGGUGCACUGUAAGAUGGGGGUAAGCCGGUCUGCCUCUACAGUUAUUGCCUAUGCAAUGAAAGAGUACGGCUGGUCCCUGGAGAAAGCAUACAACUUUGUCAAGCAGAAACGGAGUAUAGCUCAGCCAAACGCUGGUUUCAUGAGACAGCUGGCAGAGUACGAGGGAAUCCUGGACGCAAGUAAACAGCGCCACAAUAAGCUGUGGAGGCCUGGAACAGAUGAGGAGGGAUCAGAUGAUUUGCAGGCCUCCGGCCACUGUACUGGUGGGGGGGAGACGCCAGUGCUCAGAGGGGAAGAAGCCUGGGGAGGCUGCGGAGCCUCUCCCUGCAGGGGUAUGGGUCUGGAGAUGGAGCCUCUUGACUCUCUCAACUAUAAUUAUUACUUCAGACGUUUGUCAGACUCUGCGCUGGACAGUGAGCCCUCCACCCCAGUGCGGGGACCCCCUCUGCUCGGUAUGGAAAGAGUUUUCAUCGAGAUUGAAGACGUGGAGAGGGAUGCUCUGUUGGAGGACGAGGGGUUCCCCAUGGCACAUUUAGCCCUGCCAGGAGAGGGCACGGCAGCUCAGACGUGUGGGCGCCUCGACCCGCUGGAGGACAUGAGACUGAGGCUGGAGAUCAGUACUUUGGAGGAAGAGGAUGAGGAGGAGGCCAAGAAAGAGGAAGCUGAGAUGGCGGCCUUGGCUCAAACACCUGGGAAUUCAGAUGGGAAGAGGGCAGGGGACGAGGACGAGAGGACGGAGGAAAGCCGGUUAGGCCUAGCCAACCUGAACACAAACAACAGCAACCGCCUCGCCGCCAAGCGCAGCUGCCCUGCAGCCUUUGACGACAGUGCUAGCACAGGAAACCCUUUAAAAGUGAAGCCCUCCUAUCAGUCCUGUAAAGACUGCCUGCGUCUACCACAGGGACGGCGCUGUGACCGUCCAGCAGGAGGCCGUUCUCACCGCCUUAACCCCUCCCGCCACUGCACUGUCCCCACCAUAUGCAUAGAUCCACCCGGGACCAAUUUUGCCUCCUCCUCAAUUCUGCAGUCUCUGCAGGCCCCUGCAGUUGUCCCUCCUAACUCGGUCCAGCCCUGUAGUCAUCUGUACCGCUGUGCCACCUGCUCCCCUGGUGUCCCACUAACCAGCCGCCUGAAACUGGUCUCACCCAUGAGCUGUGAGGAGACAGAGGACAUGGAUGAACCACAGGGGGACAGCUUGGGAGAAGAGAUAUCAAAGGAGGGUGCAGGGGCCAUUACUGCGACUCCAGCUGAAGGUUUAGAGUUACAGCCUGGUGAUGCAGUGGAGCUCCAGCAGCAGGCUCUGGCCCAGCUCCAAAUGCCGGGACUGGGUUUAGAGUUUGGCCUGGAGCUGAUGCGACAGAGGGCAGAGCAGCUGGAGAAGCUGCCAAGCUUGGCCAUGGAGGGCCAGCUCCCAGUGGGGCCCCUGCCUUAACAACAGUGGUCCGGACAUGGAUGAGAUGGAGGAGGAGGCUCACCACUGCCUCCAGCAGGUACACUAUAAUGGCUGUGAGUCUUUAGAGGACUGCCGCUGUGGUGUCGCACCAGACAUGAAGCUCUGCUUUGACCUGUACUGUUAUGUCCUGGCCUCAUAGCUGCACUGUCACAAGCUGCAACAGCCCUCUCUGUAUUUUCAGAGAGUGUCCUGUCAUUGUCUGCUGGCAUUAAGAUCCAGAUGAGGUUGUUUUAAACAUACGCUAAAGGCUUGAACGCUUCUGGCCAGUUAAGGACUGAAGACUUUCCCUUGUCCUUUCCACUUGUCCCUCAGUUCUGGUUGAGGCCCAUAUGGUCUCUUCUGAGCCUGCCAGCCCCUCACCACUUCUGCUGAGUUUCCAUCUAAAGCUUUCGGUAAGUACCUUUGGAACCAAAAGUAACACCUAAGAGGAGGUACCUAGACCCUGGAUCUGUGAAGCGUUUCCACUGCAGAGUACUCGUACAUGUAGGCGGGGUUGUUGUCACUCACUGCUCCGUCCAGCAGCACUCGUGAUACAGAGUGAAGUCUGCACCCCGUUUAGCGUUCACAGAACGAGGCUGCAGGCUGGAGUGAGGUCUUUCUUAAUGGGAUAUUUGAGAAUAGCAGAUUUGAGCAUUGACGUCACUCCACGCCUUUUUUGUCCCAGUGAGGAUUAGAAUAUAUGCAGUUCACACAAUCCAGUCCCAGUUAAUAUACAUUUUUUAAACGCUUGAAGAGCCACUUAUUACUAAAAAUAUAUGUCAUCCAAGAGAGACAAUAAAAAAACUAUAAAACCACUAAAUCCGGGGUCACAUUUAAGGUGUGCUGAUGGAUUCAAGUCGUCAACUCAUGCACUGAGUGACAUUACAAGUAAAGGUUCCACCCUAAAAGUUGACGGCAGUCGGCUCAGUGAAUGAAAUCAUUUUUUCUCAGUCUCCUGCUGCUGCUAGAGGCUGCAAAACAUCCUUUUAUAGUUAGAGUUUACUAAUGUAUGUAAAGCUUAUCACAGUAUGAACAGCAGGUAAAACAAGCCGCAGCUCUGAGCAUGGGUGUUGAUUCUCUACCAACCAGUGAAUUGACUGCAGAGCUUCACCUUUUAGCACCAGAUCUGUGUGUAGGUACCCCAAGCAGAGGGGCGACCAAAAGUGGGGACGGUUCCAAAGGUACUAAACAUACCAUCCACAACUUUUCACAAUGGAAACUCAAAAAAUGCGCAUUGAACGAACAGAAACGACCUGUUGGUGGAAACAUCCCAUUACAGGAUCAUCACACUUCCCCACAGCCCAGUGGAGAUGAGCGUUAUGCUGCCGUUUUACCCUCAACAGACAGGUUUGGCAUAUUCCCAAGACAGGAGACAGCGGUGGUUUGUAAGAUCUGGUUGUUCCUUUUUAACUCCUAAGAAAGCUAUAGCUAGCACUUUGAUGUUGAUGAAAAGACCUGAAGUAACAUGUCAGUGAACUGUAUGUUUUUCAAUCAACAGUAUUCAUGAAGGAGCUCAAUGAAUGUUUGCAGUUGAGCCAUUUUUAUUGCAUCUCCUCAUGUUACCGCUGAUAGCUGAAUCCUCUCUAACCCUAACUUAUGUUUUCCUUGCUGCAGCUGCUUUUGCAUUACAAAAGGGCAUUUCAUGGAAGCAUAAUCGUUUUUAAGAAAGGAUGUGAGCCUUUUUAUGCCUCUUUGUAAAGCGUCGUACCUCGGACCACAAGCAUCUCGAACUGUUUUGGUCAAAGACUCUUUUUUUUGUCUCUGCUCAGUGACUGGUUAAACCCAGACCUCCUCCAUUAAUGUUACUGUAAUCAUGUGCUUAAAGCUCUCACUUUAGCCCCAUGCAUGACUUUGCAGUAUUAAAAAAAAAACA